UAUUUUGUACUCUCUUUCUCCCUAGUCCUGAAAAUUAGAAAUGGAGAGAAUACAUGUAACAGUUCGAGCGAGGCCAUUAUCGCCGGAGGACGCUAAGACAAGUCCCUGGAGAAUCUCCGGAAACUCCAUUUUCAUCCCUAACCAUCCCUCCAAGUUUGAAUUUGACAAGAUUUUCGGAGAAGAAUGUAGGACUGUAGAGGUUUAUGAAGCUCGCACUAGAGAGAUUGUUGCGGCGGCUGUUGGUGGAUUCAACGGUACUGUUUUUGCUUAUGGACAAACUAAUAGUGGAAAGACGCAUACUAUGCGGGGCUCGCCUGCUGAACCUGGAGUUAUCCCUCGUGCUGUUCAGGACUUGUUUGACAUCAUACAACAGGAUGCAGGUCGAGAGUUUCUCCUGCGCAUGUCCUACUUAGAGAUUUAUAAUGAAGACAUAAAUGACUUGCUGGCACCUGAGCACCGAAAAUUGCAAAUUCAUGAAAGUCUAGAGCGUGGCAUAUAUGUUGCUGGCCUGCGAGAAGAAAUUGUUGCCUCUCCUCAGCAAGUUCUUGAUCUCAUGGAGUUUGGAGAGUCACAUCGGCGUAUUGGAGAAACUAAUAUGAAUCUCUACAGCAGCAGGUCCCACACCAUUUUCCGCAUGAUUAUUGAGAGUCGGGAGACAACUGGAGAUGAGGAUAUUGGGACUGCUUGUGAUGCUGUCCGUGUAUCAGUUUUGAAUUUAGUGGACCUUGCUGGUUCAGAACGAGCUGCAAAAACAGGGGCUGAGGGUGUUAGGCUUAAAGAGGGUUCCCACAUUAAUAAAAGCCUGAUGACAUUGGGAACGGUCAUUAAAAAGUUGAGUGAAGGUGCUGAAAGCCAAGGUGGUCAUGUUCCAUACCGUGAUAGCAAACUUACACGGAUUUUGCAACCUGCUCUGGGUGGAAAUGCAAAUACAGCUAUAAUAUGCAAUAUAACGCUUGCACAGAUUCAUGCAGACGAAACAAAGAGCAGUCUUCAAUUUGCGAGUAGAGCAUUGCGUGUUACAAAUUGUGCUCGUGUGAAUGAGAUUUUAACUGAUGCUGCCCUCUUAAAACGGCAAAAAAAGGAAAUCGAGGAGCUUCGUGCAAAACUACAGGGUUCUCGUUCAGAUCAUUUGGAGGAAGAGAUUCUCAAUUUACGUAACACUUUGUUACAGUCUGAAUUGGAGAGGGAGCGAAUAGCAUUGGAAUUGGAGGAGGAAAAGAAAGCCCAAGCUGAACGAGAGAAAGUGUUGCAGGAGCAGGAAAAGAAGAUAAAAAACUUGAGUUCGAUGGUAUUAUAUUCAAAUAAGGAGGGGAAUCGUGACCAUGUCAAAAAGGAGAAGAGGCGUGAUACGUGGUGCCCAGGUAGACUUUCACGGGAGUCCAUAUUAAAGGUUUACUCAAACGUCAAAUUGAGGGAUUCAGCUGAUAAGCCUCUGAGAUCUGGGCGUGAUAUUGGGCCUCUGUUUCCUUUUGAAGAAUUAUGGAAUGAAGAUGAAAUUAGUGAUGCUAUUUGCAAGCAAGAGGAAGAUAGUAAAGAACAUUUACCAUCAGACUGUUCGCUUCCUGAUCCACGGGCUUUAUUAAAUGUAACAAGCAGAAGAAAAGUUCCUCCAAGGAAGAGAAACUCUUUUUUGGAGGAGAAUGAACUGGGAGAAAUGCAAACAGAAUAUGAAGAUUUGCUAUUAAAAUAUGAAGAUUUGCUAUUAAAAUAUGAAACUCAGAGAAUUAUCAGUGAUGUACAAAUUGAUUGCCUAAACAAGAAGUUGGAAGAGGUUGAUUUAUUUCAUGAUUUGACAUGUGAUGAGUGUGCAAAAUAUCAUGCUAAUAAUCAUUAUGGGGAUAAAAGUGUCAGUUUAAGAGAGUCCGAGGCUAUUUCUGUGAUC